GGAAGUGAAUGUUUUGCGAAGUCUCAGUGCCCGGCCCCACGAGCGCAAGUUGGAGAGGACCGGCGAGGCACGAAAUCGGCUGAUCUGUCUCUCGCAUUUUUACGCCGAAAUGCCUUUAAAUGAGUUGAAUGAAGAUGGUACUGAGCAAGAAGAAGGUGUAAACAUGGAAUCUGAAGUGAUUGCCAUUACCAGUGUACUGGAGACGUUCAGUGAGAGCCAGGAGACAAAAGGGCUAAUCGAUAACCUGAAAUAUGUGUAUGGCGAUUUAGUAACUCGUGAGGUUACAAUUGAAAAGUUUAUAGUGAUAAUGGACAAGUACCAGGAACAGCCUCACCUGUUGGAUCCACAUCUAGAAUGGAUGUUGAAUUUAUUGUUGGAUAUUGUGAGGGAUAGUGAUUCUCCUCCUGCUCUUGUACAUCUGGCUUUUAAAUUUCUUUACAUCAUUACAAAGGUGCGAGGAUAUAAAAUCUUCCUUGGUUUGUUCCCGCAUGAAGUAGCUGAUGUGCAGCCUGUUAUAGAUAUGUUUACACAUCAGAAUCCUAAAGACCAUGAAACUUGGGAAACCCGAUAUGUGCUUUUGCUGUGGCUUUCUGUAACCUGCCUGAUUCCUUUUGAUCUUUCACGUCUUGAUGGAAAUCUCACCUCUGAAGGUGGGGAGGUUCGUACAUCCACGAUGGACCGCAUACUCCAAAUAGCAGAAUCCUACUUGAUUGUCAGUGAUAAGGCUCGAGAUGCGGCUGCUGUCCUUAUUUCCAAGUUUAUUACCCGUCCUGAUGUCAGACAGAAAAAGAUGGCAGACUUCUUGGAUUGGACCCUUUCUACAUUGUCAAAAUCUUCCUUCCAGACUAUGGAGGGGACUAUCAUGAUGGAUGGCAUGUUGCAAGCCCUGGCACAGGUAUUUAAGCAUGGAACACGGGAAAGCUGUUUACCCUAUGCUUCCACUGUGCUCGUGUGCCUUGAUAACUGUAAGCUCUCAGAGAGUAACCAUACUCUUCUCCGAAAACUUGGUGUGAAACUUGUUCAGCGACUUGGAUUGACUUUUCUUAAGCCUAAGUUGGCGAAGUGGAGAUAUCAACGUGGUUGUCGAUCCUUGAUUGCCAAUCUGCGGCUUUCUACCCAGGAUGAAGAGAGGCAGAUCCCCCAAAUUUUAGCUUCUGACAAUGAUGAAGACUAUGAUGUUCCUGAGGAGGUUGAAAAUGUCAUAGAGCAGCUGCUGGUUGGAUUGAAAGACAAAGAUACAAUUGUCCGAUGGUCUGCAGCAAAAGGAAUUGGUAGAAUGACUGGAAGAUUACCAAAAGAAUUAGCAGAUGAUGUUGUAGGUUCGGUAUUGGACUGCUUCAGUUUUCAGGAAACAGAUAAUGCUUGGCAUGGUGGAUGUCUGGCUUUAGCAGAAUUAGGCAGAAGAGGAUUGUUACUACCUUCUCGACUUACAGAUGUUGUCCCUGUGAUAUUGAAAGCACUGACAUAUGAUGAAAAACGAGGAGCCUGCAGUGUGGGUUCCAAUGUGAGAGAUGCUGCAUGUUAUGUUUGUUGGGCUUUUGCCCGUGCCUAUGAGCCUGGGGAAUUGAAGCCUUUUGUUAAUAAGAUUUCAAGUGCUUUGGUAAUUGUUACAGUGUUUGAUCGUGAUGUUAACUGCAGAAGAGCUGCCUCUGCUGCUUUCCAGGAGAAUGUUGGAAGACAGGGUACUUUUCCUCAUGGAAUUGAUAUUUUGACUACAGCUGACUAUUUUGCUGUUGGUAACCGAUCUAAUUGCUUCCUUAAUAUAAGUGUGAAUAUUGCUGGCUUUGCUGAAUAUACUCAAUCAAUGAUAGACCAUCUUAUUGACAUGAAGAUAAACCACUGGGAUGGAGUUAUCCGAGGGCUGUCAACUAAGGCUUUGCAUAAUCUUACUCCACAAGCGCCAGAAUAUAUUAUAACCAUUGGUUUGGGAGGAGAACUAAUGAGACAAUCAGUUUGCACCUUGAUAAAAAAUUUGUCACUUUCCAAAAUGCCUUUUCAAGGUGAUCCUAUAAUUGGUAACUGGCAGUGGUUAAUAAAUGAUAGUUUAAAAAAUCUCCAUCUUAUCUCAAAUACUUCAAGACAGCAUAUCAAGGAAGCUGCUGUGUCAGCUCUGGCAGCAUUGUGCAAUGAAUACUACCUGAAUCACCAAGGAGAAGCUGAUCCUGUUCUACAGGAUGAAUUGAUGAAGAAUUAUAUUUCUGAACUUCAGAAUACGGAAGAAAUGAUUCGCUGUGGAUUUUCACUGGCCUUGGGUUCCCUUCCAGCUUUUUUUCUGAAAGGCAAACUUAAGCUGGUGUUAGAUGGCUUAAAAGCUGUUACUCACAUUUCUCCUAAGGACGUGAGCUUUGCUGAAGCAAGAAGAGAUGCCUUGAAAGCAAUUGCCAAGAUUUGUCAGACAGUAGGAGUGAAGGCUGAAGCAUCUGAAGAUGAUGUUAUAUGCAAAGAAAAUGUUUACCAGAUCUAUGACACAUUCCUUGAUUGCAUGAAUGAUUACACUACUGACAGCAGAGGAGAUGUUGGAGCAUGGGUCCGGGAGGCUGCAAUGACAGGUCUAAUGGAGCUGACAGUUUUGCUAACAAGAAAUCAUCCAGAGCUCAUUGAAGCAAAUGUCUGCAAACAGAUCAUGUGCUGUCUAGCCCAACAAUCAAGUGAGAAAAUUGACAGAUUUCGAGCUCGUGCUGGAUCCAUUUUCUUGAAUCUUUUGUACUUUGACAGUCCUCCAGUUCCCCACAUUCCUUAUAGAGAAGAAUUAGAAAAGAUAUUUCCAAGAUCAGAAUCUUCUGUUUUAAAUUGGAAUGCUCCUUCACAGGCAUUCCCUUGCAUUACUCAGCUCCUUGCAUUGCCAACCUAUCGAUACCAUGUCUUGUUAGGUUUGGCAGUCUCUGUUGGUGGCUUAACAGAGUCAACGGUCAGGUACUCAACACAAAGUGUUUUUGAGUACAUGAAGAAAAUUCAAAAUGAUAUUCAAGCCAUGGACAGCUUUAGUGAAACUUUGAUUCAGGUAUUUGAGGACAACCUCCUGAAUGACAGGGUAUCUGUACCAUUCCUGAAGAUGCUGGACCAGAUGCUGGCCAAUGGUUGUUUUGACAUCUUUACUACUGAGGAAAAUCAUCCCUUUUCCCUGAAGCUGCUUUCCCUUUGUAAAGAAGAGAUCAAAAAAUCCAAAGACAUACAGAAGCUUCGCUCAAGCAUUGCUGUGUUUUGUGGAAUGAUUCAGUUUCCUGGAGAUGUAAGGAAGAAAGUCCUGUUUCAGCUGUUUCUUCUUCUUUGCCACCCUUUUCCUGUAAUAAGGAAGACAACUGCCAGUCAAAUUUAUGAAAUGGUGUUAACCUAUAGUGACAUUGUUGAUCCAGAUAUCUUUGAUGAAGUUAUGACUAUACUCAGUGACACUGCGUGGGACACUGAAUUACACUUUGUAAGAGCACAGCGGAACUACCUGUGUGAUCUUUUGAAAGUACCCAAACCACAGCUAAUCUCCAAGCUACCUGCUCACUGAAGCCACGUUCCUUUAGACUGAAGCCUUUGAGAACAGCCCUGUUUUUCUAACAGGAGAAACAGCAAUGUUAUUGUUCCAGACUGAAGGACUCUUGAUUCCCUGAAGCUAAAAAGAACAUAAUUUAAUAUGAAACUAUCAAAUCAAGCCCCCCCCAUUUCCUAACAAAUGAAAUAUGCUAGUUGUAUGUCUCUGUACAUUUAGAACAAAUGUAAAGAAGGCACUGUAUCUGUCGUUUAUUGUUCAAUUGUCGAAAUUCAGUGUCUGUAGCCACAAGAUGGCAGUUUAUCCCUGUGGUCACUUCAUAAAGUUCAGGUUAAUUAUCAA